UCCCAGCAUACCCCGCGGACAGGCUGGUCAACAUAAGAGCAGCAGUUGAAUAUGACUCACUGACUUUUAGUUUGGCCUCGAGAUUGCACCUUCGGAGACUCAAAACAAAAAAGAAUUGAGGUGAAUAAGAAUAACAAUGGUUAGCUAAGGGGCUGGACCAUAUUUGCAAAUGGCUGCCAAGCCGGGAAAUUUUCGAGAAAAUACACUUGGCGUUGAGCAUGUUGGUGGAAGUGAAGAUGGUGGAAAUGCUUCCAAGCUGACCAGAGGAACCGCUAAAUCUAGAUCAUAUAAGCAAGCAGUUGGAAACCACCAUGACUAUCACUCACCAUCAACUUCUAAUAACGACACAAAUGCAAAUCAUGUUGAGGAAAAGAACCAAAAUCCUUGUACUGAUUCUGAUGUUUGUGACUGGACGGAUAAUGCCAUAAAUGGAAAACACAUGUGGGUGGACUCUGAAGCGUCUGGGACCCUUUGCUACUUAUAUGAUUUUGACUGUGUAAAAUCUGGAGCAAGAAAGAAAUGUACAGCCUGUAAAAUAGUAAUUCACACAAAAUGCAUGGAAAAGCUAGAAAGAAUAAAUUUUAUAUGUAAAACUACAUUUAGAGAAAUACAGCCCAAAGGUGUGCAUGAGAGCAACAUGAGACAUCAUUGGGUCCAUAGACGAAGACAAGAUGGCCGUUGCGAAACUUGUGGCAAGUCUUUUCAACACAUGCUGUCAUUUCAAAGUAAGGAUAUAAUCUCAAUCAGCUGCUCAUGGUGCAAAGUCGCGUAUCACAACAAAGAUGAGUGCUUCAAAGUUGAUAGAAUCGAAGAGCUUUGUGAUCUUGGGGUCCAUUCAAAUGUAAUAGUGCCACCGUCGUGGGUCGUAAAGAUUCCUAAAAAGGGUCGGUCAUUUCCGACGAAAAGAAACAGUUUUAAGAAAAAGUCAAUAAAACGACGGUCGACAAAGGAACGCAAGCCGUUCGUGAUCAAGCCGUCGGGGUCCGCGAAUAAAAGGCCCCUCGUGGUGUUCAUUAAUCCCAAAAGCGGUGGCAACCAGGGUCUUAGAAUAAUGCACAAGUUCCAGUGGCUGCUUAACCCGAGACAGGUGUUUGAUUUGUCAAGGGAAGGACCAAGAGAAGGUCUAGAACUGUACCGCAAAGUCCCGAAUGUGAGACUUCUCGCGUGUGGCGGGGAUGGCACGGUUGGAUGGAUUCUUUCCGAACUUGAUAAACUCAAAUUCAACCCGAGGCCCCCUGUGGCGAUACUACCGUUGGGGACUGGGAACGAUUUGUCUCGAGCCCUCAACUGGGGUGGGGGCUAUGCUGAUGAGCCGCUUUCCAAGAUAUUAACCCAUGUGGAUGAGGGAAGUGUAGUGCAACUCGACAGGUGGGACCUUGAAGUCGUUCCAAGCGGCUAUACAGACGGGGAAAUCGCAGAGAGUCGGCUCCCCCUUAAUGUGAUGAACAACUAUUUCAGCCUUGGUUUUGAUGCUGAGGUUUGUCUCGAAUUUCAUGAAUCCAGAGAGGCUCAUCCUGCAAAGUUUAACAGUAGAGUGAAAAACAAGCUUUUCUAUGGCAAGGCAAGCAGUACGACGUUUAUACAAGGGAAAGCCAAGGACUUUUACAAACAUACGAAACUAGAGUGUGAUGGUGUUGACAUCACGGAGAAACUUCUAGAAGCCAAACCAAUGUGUCUAUUGUUUCUCAACAUAUCAAAAUAUAGCGCCGGCACCUCACCCUGGGGAAAUCCUGGCAGAGACCAUGAGUUUUUACCGCAGAGAAGUGAUGAUGGAUAUAUCGAAGUUCUGGCCCUGACAUCUGCCACUCUGGCGACCACACGUGUCGGGGGCCAUGGUGAACGUCUAGCGCAGUGCAGGGAUGUUAUCAUGACGACCUCCAAGUCCAUACCCAUGCAAGUCGAUGGAGAACCUUGUCGACUUCAACCCUCUCGGAUCCGAAUCUCCGUGAGAAAUCAAGCUGAUAUGAUACAGAAAGUCAAGAGGCGUGCACUUGGAUCAUCGGGGGAAUCAGAACCUGCCCCAAGCCCCGAGCCGGUCAAAGUCAAGAUAUUCUGCGUGAACUUCAAGGAUUAUGAGCUUCAUUGCUACGAUAUCAGGAGACUUCGAGAGUCAGCUACCGUCUUAACCACCACGUCCAUUGAGCCCGAUGCCGACCUGGAGCAGAUGAGGGUCUGGAUCGAGCGCUUUAUCAGCGAGGAGGAAGAGAGCCAGAAAACCAUCUUGUCUGACGACUGGUGUUUCCUGGACACUUCUUAUCCAGAUCGAGUUUACCGGGUCGACGUUGCACAGGAAAAUAUCUACAACGUGGUGGACAUUGUGGAGAAGGGAGUCUUCAUCGUGGAUCUGAAGGGCGGUAAAACGGUUACCAGAACCAGCUCAUCAACUACUCCACCAACUUCUGUUAACCUAGCUCGGCGCGGUCUUCCUGUGGCACACUCCCAGGAGUCUUUGCGGGAGGAUAGUGAUGACGUCUUACAGACUUCUCUAAUCACGCCUUUCACUCCAACGGGGAAGAAAGAGUUUGUGAUUCCUGCUGAGGAUGAAGUGUGGGUUAAGAAUACGACAGCCAAAAAGAAUGACUUGUUAAUGAUUGAGGCUGCCAAAACUGGAGAGCUAGAAAAGGUUAUUGAGCUCCACGAGGCUGGUGUGAGUCUGACGGUAGGAGACCAUCGAGGCUGGAGGCCGCUUCACUACGCUGCAAGACAUGGCCACAAAUCUAUUAUCACCUAUAUCAUCUCCAACGUUCCAAGAUGUGUGCUUGAUCUAGUGGAAGAGGAAAAGGGUCAGACUGCGCUGCACAAGGCUGCCUUCUACCAAAGGAGGACGAUCUGUUCUUUACUCGUACAAGCCGGGGCUUCGCUAACAAGAACAGAUUACGACGGAAAUACGCCACGAAUUCAAGCGCUAAAAUGUCAAGAUAAGGAAUUAUCCAGAUACCUCGAAACUCAAGAGCAUCUACAGAUCGUGGCGGCUGAAGACUAUGAAACAGCUGUGUAGCUACCGCCAUCCAACCACUCCUCAUUCGUAUGCACCAAUCAGGAAGCAAGCAAGCGUAAGGCGUCUCAACCAAUCAGAUCAAAGCUCAGGUCAGGCGGAUCAAUUAGUGCAAUUAUCAGGCCCUCAAGCAGAUCCCGCCAACCAAUUAACGCAAAGAUAUACAAAUCACA